AUGUAUUUAACGCGUUACAUGAUAAUGGCCAUUCCUCCUUACAUUGGAUUAUCUGUGUCCAUAUUAAACAAUAAUCAAAUGACGUAUUCGAUUCCGGAUAAGGAAGGAGGACAAGAAUCUCGUAGUAGUCCGGAAAUAAGAAAAACAAACAACAACGCGAUCGACGACAAUCUCACAUGCAUACCUAAAAAAAGAAGUUUCGACGUUGCAUUUUUAAUAUCGCCCGAUGAGGGCAAACAAAACAAGUCGAAAAGACAAGAAGUGAAAAAAUUCGAUGCGCAACAAGAAAUAGAUGUCGAAACAUGCGAAAACGAUACGAUAAAAAGUGCAUUUAAAAAAGUCGGUGUCGGAUUUUCCGCUGCGACAAUUGGAGAAUCGUCACGUUCGCCGUCACCCAUUGACGCCGUACGAACACCGUCACCGUCGUAUAAAAAUAACAUUAUGGAAAAAAAAUUAAAUACGGUGCUCCUGGGACCGGACGUGCUCAAACCUAAAAAAGAAAUAUUUCAAUAUGGACCCGUCGAAAAUCAAAGGCCGAGAUUUCAAAAUUAUCAAAAAGACGUUGUCGUUGAUAAGCAAUCUUCAUUGUUCAUUGGUAAUAAUUUAAUAAGUCCCGUGUCCGUCGGUCUCGCACGUCAAAAUUUCAUUCCGGCUCCCAUGUUCGGAGCGAGUCCAAUAUUGCCGACGAGUUUUGUAAACGCUUCCCUGUUGCCACCUUCGUUGGCCGCAUUAACUCUUCCGGCGCAAAAUGUCUGUGCCAAAUGCAACGUUUCCUUCCGCAUGACAUCCGAUUUAGUUUACCACAUGAGAUCUCAUCAUAAAAACGAUCACGCGAAUUCGGAUCAUUUGAGGAGGCGACGGGAAAUGGAUAAAUUAAAAUGUCCCGUUUGUAACGAGAGUUUCCGGGAACGACAUCAUUUAACGAGACACAUGACGGCACACCAGGAUAAAGAAGGAGACAACGUGGAUUCCGAAUCGAAUUAUAAAAUGAUUAAAGGGAAAACCGUGGAUAAUUCUAGAAUAUCCGGAGAUUAUAACCCGUGA